AUGGCCUGUAUUCUAGAAGUGGAUCAGCCUACAGCCGAGCUGAUUGUCCAGAUACAACUCCAAGAUGCCAGCUCGUAUUCAGGAACCUCCAAAGGAAAAUCUCGGGAUCCUACAGACGAAGAGCUAGCUUUCCAGUUACAAAUGGAGCUUCUGGAAGUAGUUUCACAUACUCUCCAGGACAGGCGAAUGGCCAUGAGUAUUGCAGCCGCGGUUCAAGUCGAUGGGCGCAUUCUGGCUGAGACCCAAGUGGAAGAAGAGAGCGCAUCUAAAGAUCGGCUCGUUGCGCGUCAAUGUAUGGAUGGUGAAAUUCUUAUCCCACCCAAUGAUUUUGAGCCGGAAACAACGUGUUUGGAUGACGAGACCCUGGAAAAACUCCAGUUUUUGUAUGUGUCCGGCUUGGAAGGGUAUCACAGCAUCGAGGACGGAGGAAUGAUCGAUACUGAAACUGACCACGCCGAAUCAUCUGCUUGGGCAGCUCGACGAUCCCAUCAACCACGAUCAAGAAUGGCUCAAUGUGUGGCUUGUGGAGAUGAUACAGAGUUUUUUAAUGUGGCGCGUGUCCCCUGUCAACAUGAGUAUUGUCGUUCUUGUUUGGAAGCUCUUUUCAAAGCUUCAAUAACAGAUGAAUCGCUAUUCCCUCCAAGGUGCUGCCGGCAGCCGAUCAAUUUGAACACGGCUCGAAUAUUUCUGAAGUCUUCUCUUGUCCAGCUGUACGAGCAAAAGAAGAUCGAGUUCGAAACUCCAAACAGAACGUACUGUUACUCCGCCAGAUGUUCUGUCUUCAUUGAUAAACCCCAUAUCGAUGGUGAAGUAGCCACAUGCCCCAACUGCCAGCACACGACCUGUACAAAUUGCAAAGGGCGAGCACAUACAGGCGAUUGUUCAAAUGACUCUGCUAUGCAGCAACUGCUACUAUCCGCACAAGAAAAUGGAUGGCAACGCUGUUACUCGUGCUGGCGACUAGUGGAACUGGAUCAUGGUUGCAAUCAUAUGACGUUUGUGCCCCUCUUUUCUUCUCAAAACUCUGCUGACAUUGAAUAA